CCUCCCAUAACAGUAACACUCCUCAUCAACUCUCUACAAACACUUCCUCAUCAAAUCUCUCUCUCUCUCUCUCUCUCUCUCUCUCUCUCCUUUUCUUGAGCAAUUCUCUCUCUUUCUUUUUUGUUUGCUGUACUAAUACUAAUCAGUGGCCUCCUGAUCACACUAUCAAACUCAAGAAAACCAAAAAUCUCUCUCUCUCUCUCCCCUUUUCUGAGAUCUUUUGCAGCAAAAAUCAAAUCUCUUUCUCUUGUGUUUGAUUUGAUCACAUUAUAAGCUCCUCUGUCAAGAAAACUAAAACUAAAUAUCUCUCUCUCUCUCUCUCUCUCGUGUUUGCUGUAUUGAUCAGUAACCUCCUGAUCACACUAUCAAGCUCUUCUCUCAAGAAAACCCAAAUCUCUCUGUCUCUCUCUUGUCUUUGCUGUUUUGAUCAUAUCAUUAUUCUCUCUCUCUCUCUCUCUCUAUACCAUGAAACAUGAACUACUCACCACCCUUCCCAGAACUAGUUCCUCCAAAACCACCAAACACAUCAUGCCCUCCUCCAACUACAUCAAAUCAUCACCGCUCCUCUCCGAACCCACCUCCUCCGACAACCGGCUCUCCGGAAAAUCCUCUCCAGCCGAAUCCUUCAGCCGCCGUAUCGGCCUCUCCACUCUAGUCCGAUCCCUCCUCAGCCUCCUCUCCUUCCCGGCAAUUCUCCCCACGCGCCGCUGGCUCUCCAUCCCAACCCUCCCCUCCCCAACACCACCACUGGGCCGGAAAGUCACCGGCACCCUCUUCGGCCACCGGCGAGGCCACGUCACCUUCUCAAUCCAAUUCGACCCGAGAUCCGAACCCGUUUUACUGAUCGAGCUGGCGGUCUCAACUUCCACUCUGGUGAAGGAAAUGUCGUCCGGGUUGGUCCGAAUCGCGCUCGAAUGCGAGAAGUCCACGGCUGCGCGUGGGCGUCCGGCGAAGCUGUUUGGGGAGCCCACGUGGACUAUGUAUUGUAAUGGGAGGAAGUGUGGGUACGCGCUUACGCGCGCGUGUACUGAGUCUGAUUGGCACGUGCUGAGCACGGUGAAGAGUGUGUCAGUCGGCGCCGGAGUUAUUCCGGUGGUGGACGACGGCGGGAAGGGAAGUGGGUCAGAUGGUGAGUUGAUGUAUAUGAGGGCCAGGUUUGAACGAGUCGUGGGGAGUCGUGACUCGGAAGCGUUUUAUAUGAUGAACCCGGAUGGUAAUGGUGGGCCUGAACUCAGUAUAUUUCUGCUCAGAAUAUGAAAAAGAAGAAGAAAUAUUUAUGUAUUUUGUUAUUAAUUGGAAUUAAAUGUUAAUUAGAUAUGUGUAAGUACAAGUUGGGAUUUGAAUUGUUAGUCACUUGUAAUUGUGGAGUAUUUAAAAUUUGUAUUGAGUAUGAUUCGAGUUUUAUUUUCUU